AGGGCAAACACGUAAACAUCUCAAUUCCCUCUUCAUCUGCUCGGCUCUCCUUUCCUUUCCUUUCCUUUGUUGCCAUAGGGCUUCUGACUCCCAGUUCUCAUCGUAUUUUCAUCUUUCAUCUUCUUAUCUUCGUCUAAGUUCUAAUUAAUGUGCAGUUGAAUUCUGCUGUGUCUUAGGGAGGUCAGUGAUGGAUGAACUAAUGGCUGCCUGGACAGAAGGAUCGGAAGAUGAACUGGUGAGAGAGCUUCUUGAUGAUGAAUCUCCUUUCUUGGUGGUGCCGCAGGAGACGGUUGAAUCCAAACUGAUGAGUUCGUCAAGUGAACAGGCUAUUAGUCGGCUGGUAUCCACUGCCUACACUGGGCCAACAAUUGAAGAUAUAGAGAGUGCUUUAUCUCUGACAACCGGGAAAUGCCAAUCAGAAGAGAAUUCACAAGCCAGAACCUCAAUACAUGAAAGGGAUUUAAGUAAGAUUGAGAACAAGUAUACCCUGAAAAUUAAAAGCUGCGGCAAUGGGAUGGCUGAUGAUGGUUAUAAAUGGAGGAAGUAUGGGCAGAAAUCCAUUAAGAAUAGCCCAAAUCCAAGGAGCUAUUACAGGUGCACGAACCCUAGGUGCAGCGCCAAAAAACAGGUGGAGAAGUCGAGUGAGGACCCGGACACCUUGAUCAUCACCUAUGAAGGGCUCCACCUCCACUUCGCCUACCCUUUCUUCCUUAUCAGCCCACCUCAGAAUGUCCCUUCACCAUCCAAGAAGCCCAAAAGGAUCGGCUUACAAGAAGGCCAAGACCAAGUCCACGACGCCCCACAAAUACAAGAAACCCAGGGCAGCCCACCCACGGCUGAUCACGGCUCGUUCCCAACCAUGUUCACCCACGUCCAGGAGGAGGACGCCGCCGAGAAAAUGGGUCCACAAGGGUUGCUGGAAGAUAUGGUGCCUCUCAUGAUUCGAAAUCCAGCAAACAACAUCACUUCCUCCACGUCUUCCUCCUCUUCUUACCCUUCUCCUCCAAACUCACCUUCUUCUCCUUCUUGCUCGCUGGGCUAUUCUCCUUCCUACUUCGAUAUUAGUAAACGCUAUAGCAUUAGGUGAAUAAAUCCAUUCAGUGGGGUAUAAAACCCAAUAAACCCCAGUGGGUUCCCCUUUAAUCUGAAUGACAUAGAUAAAUAUAAGAUAUGGUGUAAUAAUAAUGCUAGAUAUUAUGUCAUAGAUUGUUGUACAUUUUAAUAUCGAUCAGUUUUACCAUUCCAGAAUCCAGACCCUGGCCUGAAGUUGUCUGGUUGGAGGUAAACGACACCUCUUAGCUCAUGAGAUGAAGGAUGUUUUAUAUAUAUGUACUAGUAGUCUUUGUUAAUCUGGAGUUUCUGACCUGAACAAAAAUUGUAAAAACUUGCUCUUGAGCAUGAGUUUGCUAGAAUAUAUAAGGGGGAAGCAAAGGAACCUCUCUUCUUUGACUUCCAUUUUUUUC